AAAUACAAGUUUCUAUCCAUAAAGACUAAUAACAAAAACACGUACACAAGCAUAAGCUAAAUAAGGGCAACCCACAAAAGCCAAGAUAGCCAUCCAGCAGAUCAUAUAUAUCGAGCGAGCAUGAAGAGGUAUGCGUUUCUAAACAUAUUGGAACAUUGGAACCUGGAAUGCUACGUUAUGGGUAGCCUCCUCAUCCAAAUUAUACUGGUUUUCAUUGCGCCGAUGAGAAGAUGGUCAAACAACGGAUUGAUGCAUGUGGUGAUCUGGCUCGUGUAUUUAAUGGCAAUCUUCUUUUCCACCUUCGCCUUAUCUCUCAUCUACUACCACGACGCAGCAAAAGAGAAAAAAGAAUAUGCGGUGUAUCCUUUAUGGGCGCCGUUUCUGCUUGUGCACCUGGGCGGGCCUCACACCAUCACUGCACUGUCGGUGGAGGACAACAAUUUAUGGCACCGCCAUGUGCUCACCAUAGUGGUUCAGGGGUGCUCAGUUUUGGUGGUGUUGUACCAAUACCGAAUCCUGGAUAGCGAAUGGCUGCUCCCCACGGCCAUCGUCUUCCUGGUCGGAAUCGUCAAGUGCUUUGAACGCAUCUUCUCUCUCCAGUUUGCGUCUCCCGAUUUCGUGAGGUGGUCCAUGCUGGAGCGGGCAAGGAACGUCGGGAAGAAAACAACAAGGAUGGUGAGUGGUCUUGAUGAGGAGUUGGAGAUUGUAAGGAGGGGUUACGAGUUGUACCAAACAUUCAAAGGCUUCAUCAUUGAUCACACGUUUAUUAUCAACAAGGAUACGACGGAGAUGGAGUGGUUCAGAAAGCUAGAAGAUGAUGAAGAAGUGAAAGUAGCGUUUAAAGUGAUGGAAAUGGAACUCUACUUCAUGUAUGAGGGCAUGUUCACCAAGAUGGUUGCGGUGGAGUACUGGAAGGAUAACUACUUCUGGUGCAUAUGGCGGUUUGUUUGUCAUGCUUUACUUAUAACCGUGACGGUCAUCUUCUUCUGCCAUUCCAAACACCAACUUCACCCUAGUGUCAUUGGUAUUACCUACUGCUUGCUGGGCUGUGCGCUUCUACUCGACCAGUUAGCUCUCCUUAAUCUCAUAUUUAGCCACUGGACAAUCGUUAAAAUAAUGAAUUCUUCUUGUUAUAAGGCAACAGCAUCGGAGGAGAAGGGGAAGGCAACAGCAUCGGAGGUGGUGAGCAACAUAAUUCUCCCAGUCAUUCAUUGUGGACUCAAACUUUUUGUGAAUAAGCGUUGGUCAGGGAAGAUUAUACAGUACAGUUUGGUGAGGCACUCGAGAGGACGGUUGAAAUGGGCAGAGCUCAAACCGGAAUUCUAUUACCUCAGGGAAGCUAUUGAUUCCUGUCUGUACACUGAAACCGCCGAGGUUGAAGACAGGUUAAAGGAAUUGGUUUUCAAGUACAUCCAAAGGGUGGCAAACUCCCACCAGCAGCAGCAGCAGAAGGAGGAGGAUCUUUAUCAUGGGAACAUGGACGACUAUGCCACGUGUGUGUUAAUCUUGCAUGUUGCUACUGAGAUAUGCUACCACCUCACCGCCGCUGAUGAUGAAGAAGAAGAAAAAAAAGCAAAAUUUUGCAUACAAAUCUCCCAAUAUUUGGCGUACCUUCUAGUGUUGGAGGGGAAUAUCACGUCCACACUGCCGGGAAGUAUAGGAAUGAGAUUCAAAGAUAUUUGUGAGGAACAAGUCAACUACACCUUUGGCCACCUCCACUCUACCUUCAAUCCACCAGAUAAAGGUAGAUGGUGUAGGAAGCGAAUGAGUAUAAAGCAAGCCUGCCAAAACCUGAUAAAUGAAGAAUGGGAGAAGAGACGGAAUAAAACUGAUGUUGAACAGCAAAGGGAAUGUGAAGAUUCAUGCCUGACAAAGGAGAACAAGUACAGUAGCUGCAAUGAUGAACAAUUGGAGGAUAAUAAUCAGAAAGAGAAGAUAACUAUCACUGAGGAUGUUGAACAGCCAAGGGCAUGUGAAGAUCCAUGCCUGACAAAGGAGAACAAGUACAGUAGCUGCAAUGAUGAACAAUUGAAGGAUAAUCACGAGAGUGAUAAUCACGAGAAACCAGUGUUGCUUAAGGCCGCUGUUGAUCUUGCAGCGGCAAUGAUCAUACAAAUAGAUCCAAAAGCUGGCAAUGAUAAGCAGCAGCAGCAAAAAGAUCUAGAAGCUGGCAAUAAUGAGGAGCAGCAGCAGCGUAGUAAGGUGUUUUGGGAAGGUCUGAGUGAAGUGUGGGUAGGGUUGCUGGUCUAUGCCUCCACCCAUUGUAGAGGAGAUGUUUACUACCUCAACAGAGGUGGACAGUUUUAUACAUUUGUUCGCCUUUUGAUGGCUCAUUUUGGGCUACAACAAAGCCUCAAAUUCGAGCGUUCAUUUCAAUUCCACAAUGAGAUCUGCACAAAUCUGAGCAAACCUUCAUUUCAACUCUACCAUGACAUUUGCACAAAUCUAAGACUCAAACCCACAACCUCCGGAAAGUAACUUAUACCACUAGACCACAAGGUCCUUGAUUGGCUAUAUACUGGGUAUAUAAUAAUGCUUAUUAUUAUAUUCCUCCGUAUGUAUGUGUAAAAAGUGUGGGUGAUCAUAUCCAACUGGUACGAUGAAAUCAAAGUUAUAUCUUUAAAGUUUAAUUUAUUUUAGGGUCUUAGGAUGAACAUGAAGAUCCGAGUGAGUGAAUGUGUACUGUACUGUACUCUUAUUAAAGGGUUGUGUCAUUUUUCAUUUAAAUUGUAUAUUGUGUGGUUUCAAAAAAAUAAAUAAAUUGUAUAUUGUGUUUUUUUUA